CUUCAGCUUUCCCCCGUCUGACUCAAAACUCAAGAUAACCGAUACUAAAACACUCGAGCACCUCAGGUGCCAUGGAUUCUGGAUUUCUUCUCUUUUGGAGUCCUUCCGAAAUACUUCAUCCCUCACGUACUCCGCAGACCUUGGGUUAUUUAAGAUAUAAAAUUGCCUCGCGAUUCAGCGCUUCAGCAAUGCCUUCAAAGCUUCAAAGCUGUUCGAGGCAACGGCUAUUCUACCCACUUGAUUCGGAAUUGGGAUGUAUUGAAUGAUGGAAUAAACCGAAUUCACCCUGGGGCAUAUGAUCUAUUCAACCCGACUGCGCAACGCCAGACUUUAGCGCUUUAGCUAUCAAGCUCGUCCCGGCGCUUUGAUUCCGGCGAAGUACCUCGAUUCACGCUUCAAUGCUUCGAGACUGCUAUCGGGUGUCUCCACAGUGUACCGCCACCUACUAGUGGCAGAUAUAUACGACACACCCGUUGGAGAGUGGCGCAUUCAACAGCUUUUACUUACGAACAAACGAAGGUGGUCCACGGUUUUGAUUUAUGCGUUGCAGCUCACACAAACUCUCUAUCCUUCAUAAGGCUUCAUGACUGGCAAAGAUAUUCCCGCAGUUGCCUUCUGUCUUGUGGCGACAGUUCUACUUCUUGUGGUGUGCAUCUCCACGCCCACUUGGGACAGUGUUUUCUUUAUGGAGGCCGGGACUGUAACCUCUAACUCCACCGCGAUACGCUUCGGAACCUUCGGAUAUAGCCACUCGAACACAAGUAUUGGAUACCGUGAUCUGGAUUUAUGGACAUUAGGGAUAAGUUCCAAUAGUGGUAACGAAAACAAAGUCAAUGCAAUGACAGUCCGUCUAGAAUCCUUGUCGAAGGCGAUGAUACUCCAUCCUAUAGCUGUUGGUCUCGGUGGGCUUUCAAUACUCUCUGGGACCCUCGUUGCAGAGGUUCUCGAUUCCGGGACGGCCUUGAUGGCAAUCUUCUUCGGCCUAGCAAUGGUAGUCGCUUUCGUCGCGUGGAUCGUUGAUAUGGCACUUUUUGGUUUCGUGUCGAACCAGUUGAGUGGGCUUGGGAUCCACACAGAGUGGGGCAACGCGACCUGGUUGGUCCUUGUUGCUUUUGUGGCGUUCUUGGUCGGUUUUAUUCUUAUUACUACAGAGUUUGGAAUGUGCGUCGGUCCCAGGAAGAAAGGGUAUCAAGCCAUAUCCCGUAUGGGAAAACUACUGAAAGGAAUAACUCCAGAUAGUAUUUUACUAUAA